AUGCCUUCGCUAAGAGUUAAAUACGUUCUAGCUCAUUUAUCGCGCACCGAGCACACCGCGCUAUUAGCGCGUCCUAACUGGAGAAGACUUCGCAGACGUGAUCCAAAUGUCCUGGCGAGUCCUUUUACAGUACGGCGGCGCGCGAUUCUGAAGAGCCGCGCCUCGAGGCGCACCCGGGUUAUGGCGCAACCGAAAUUCGUAACCAAGAAAUACGAUCCCGCAGCGGCGCCGCCCCUUUUCCCGCGUAUUCACCCCAAGACGCUCGCAGCGAAGAGCACCAAGCGUAUCGUCGAUCUGGCAUUGCCCAAGAGAAGACGUCUGCUGGAGACGAGGAAAUUGGCAGCUACCAAAAACAUGAAGGCAACCGUGAACGAUCUGCUGGUGAAGGUUCGAAAGUCGCGGUACCAGCGGUAUCGUCUAUUCUGCAACGCGCGUCAAGAGCGAGAAGCUAGGAAAAAGAGAAAACGAAUGGCGAAACUACGCAGAGCUCUCACAAAACCAGAAGACUGGCAAAGGCACAUGCGGGUCCUGGAGAGACUAGCUGCGCCCAAAGUCGUCGCAAAACCCAAAAAGAGGAAACCCAGUAAGAAGAGGAAGUGGAGGCCGGUCAAUUUAGAGCGAGUGUACUUCUUGGCUUUACCAUUGAUUCGAAAGGAUAUCGUACUAAAAGAUCCAUUCAAGGUAGCUGAGCACGCACUCACCUAUAUUAUCAGCAAGCGAAUGGAGAGACUCUCGAUUCGAAAGAUACGUCCGGAGAUUCCAUUGCGAAUACCAGGCGCCGUUUCGCCGGCCGCGAUGAAAGCUAUAGGUAGUAACACGCACUUCGUCACUACAUUUACAACCGUUACCAUUUGCUUCGCCGUCACAAUUCUUCCGCUUCGAUUUCUUCGCUCGAUAUCUGGAGGAAUUUUAGUUUUACUUGGCGGCCUUAAUCCCGUUGAUAAGAAUAAGCCGGCGGAAAACCGAUCUUCCCAGAGAGUAAUCGCUUUGGCGAAGCCCGCCAAACGUCCGGAGGGUAGAGAAACGGAUCUCCGAGAGGAUGCCUUCACUGUGUCGCCGAUGGCGUUAAAGGCGAAAUGCUCCAAGCGUCUCAAAAAUCUCGCCAAACCGAAGACCUAUCCGAAACCCGUAUUCAAGAGAUUGAGAACUGCCCUCAAACGAUAA